CUGCUCAGUAUAUACUUUCCGGACGCGCUGGCCCUUGAGCGGCAACAACAACAGCAGCAGCAGCAGCAGCAGAACCAGGCAGCUGCGCGCCCGAAACGCCGCCGCCGCGGAAAGAAGCCGAGGAGCAACAAUGGCAGCGGCAGCAAGAACAACAACAGCAACGAUGCACGCGUUGCUCGUGGUCGGUCUCGCUCGCCUGCUGCUGGCCGUGGGGCUGUCCGGUCCCGCCCGCCGUUGCGAGGACGUUCGCCGCCUGCUGCCUCGCAUGGCCCAGCUGUUGUGUCGCCUGGCCCGAUUGCUGCGCCGUCUUGUCCGGAGCCGGCCGCCGCUUGUUCCCGCUCGCCAACUCUUCGGGAGCGUUGGACCUCCGCUUGGCUCGAGACUGGAGCAGCCCGGCCCGCGCCGUCGACGGUGUCCUUGGGGAUGUUGGACCGGUUCGCUAACACCGAUGUCAGUGAAUCGGGCCGCAUCGCCAGGGCCGCCGAGGCCAAGCUCAAGGAGGAGCAGGACAAGAAGAGGGCCGAGGAGCGCCGGGCUGAAUAUGAGCAGGCUGAACGGGAGUUCGACCAAGAGCUCGAAGAUAUGUUUAGUAAAUACUAGAAAAGGUACAGAAUGAAGAAAGAAGCAGGGUUGUUCCGGGAAAAUUGAACAUUUCUUCAGCCGUGAGUGACAAAUCGGGCUACGACGCCCCCAAGAGGCCAGCAAGUAGCUCUGCAGCGGCGGCGACGACGGGGCGAUGCGACCUCAUUG